AGGGGACAUGAUCUCGCAUCCCAUCUAUAAAAAUUCAGACCAAAAGACAAAAGGCAAGGAAAAAAGAAAAGAUGGGUGGAGUCAAACCCAUCUUCCUCUUCCUCUCUCUCAUCUUCUCCUUUACCAUUCUCACCUUCUCCUCUGACGAUAAGAACUGUGUUUACGUCGUGUACAUCAGAACCGGAUCCAUCUGGAAGGGCGGUACGGAUUCGAUCAUCAGCCUCACGCUCAACGACACUUACGGCGGGAGCGUUGAGAUCCCGAAUCUCGAGACCUGGGGCGGGCUGAUGGGCCCUGGCCACAACUACUUCGAGAGGGGCAAUCUCGACAUUUUCAGCGGGCGGGGCAAGUGCUUGGAUGCGCCGGUGUGCGUCAUGAACCUGACCUCGGACGGGUCGGGUGCGCACCACGGCUGGUACUGCAACUACGUGGAGGUCACCACCACGGGCCCGCACGUUCCCUGCCGGCAGCAGCUGUUCACUGUGGAGCAGUGGCUCGCACGUGACGCGUCUCCGUACGUGCUGACGGCCAUCAAGGACUAUUGCAAGAACAGUGUGGUGGACGCACAGAGACGGAAUUCCUCUGGCAUCUAUGCAGCGUAGACCUUGCCGCUUAAAAUGUGAGGCUAGUAUUAUGUUCCUAUUAACAUAUGGUGUCCUUUUUUAUGGUUUUGAUGCUUUUAUAGUUUUAUGUGUGUGGAAAAGAUGGGAAGGGUGGGAUAUUAGCUGGGUUGUCUGUAUUCCCGCUGUGGGCCAUAAAUAUUCAAUAAAUGAAGGUCAUGUA